UGCGCGUGCGCACACCCGGCGGCUUCCCUGUCUGCACGCCGAGUCCGCUGCGGAGUUCAGGAUAGAGUCCCGUGUUGGGAGUUUUGGGGGUUUCCUGGUUUCCGAACCCCAGACUUCUCUUCCUCGUGUCUGCAUCAGUGCAGGGUGACCGCCAGAGCCCCUGCUUUCUGGACGCCCUGGUUUCAGCGAUCCAGAAUGCUGUUGCCACCAUGCGCUCCGCCCCUGGGCGGAAGGACCGAGUGAAAGGGUUCAGCCGCUGGGCUGGAGUGACGGGCUGUGACCUCCAGCACCCCACGGCCUCUUAAUGAGCGCACCUGACUUCUUCCCAAACACUCCCGAUGUCUCAUUUACCUCUGGCCUCUUUCCGGCCACCGCUUUGGGUACUGAGGCCCUCCUGGGGUCUGUCCAGGCCCCAGCCACUGUGUACACAGCCAGAGCUCCAAGGCUCGCCCCUCUCUCGGAGGAACCGUGAAGCCAAACAGAAGCGCCUGCGGGAGAAGCAGGCGGCCCUGGAGGCUGGGCUAGCUGAGACGAGCAAGUCACCCGCAGUGCCCACCAAGGCCUGGAGCCACAAGGAAGUAGUAUUGUAUGAAAUCCCCACCGAGCCAGGUGAAAAGAAAGAUGUUUCUGGGUCCCUGCCUCCUGCUUACAGUCCCCGAUAUGUUGAAGCGGCCUGGUACCAGUGGUGGGCGCGAGAGGGCUUCUUCAAGCCAGAGUAUCAGGCGCAGCUGCCCCACGCUACAGGGGAGACCUUCUCCAUGUGUAUCCCACCUCCCAACGUCACUGGCUCCCUGCACAUCGGUCACGCACUCACAGUAGCGAUACAGGACGCGCUUGUGCGCUGGCACCGGAUGCGUGGAGAUCGCGUGCUGUGGAUCCCUGGCUCAGAUCACGCAGGAAUUGCUACCCAGGCUGUGGUGGAGAAACACCUGUGGAAGGAGCAGGGCGUGAGGAGACACGAGCUGAGCCGGGAAGACUUCCUCAAGGCCGUGUGGCAGUGGAAGAACGAGAAAGGAGGGGAGAUCUAUGAGCAGUUGUGCGCUCUGGGUGCCUCUCUGGACUGGGACCGAGAGUGCUUCACCAUGGACGCUGGCUCCUCGGCAGCUGUGACGGAAGCGUUUGUGCGACUCUACAACUCGGGAUUGUUGUACCGGAGCCGUCAGCUUGUCAACUGGUCGUGCACUCUGAAAUCGGCCAUCUCAGACAUUGAGGUAGAGAGCCGGUCCCUGCCUGGCCGCACAGUGCUCCAGUUGCCCGGCUGCCCAACCCCCGUGUCUUUUGGGCUCCUUGCUUCUGUUGCCUUCCCUGUGGAUGGCGAGCCUGGUGUGGAGAUUGUGGUGGGAACCACGAGGCCUGAGACACUGCCUGGAGACGUGGCUGUGGCCGUCCACCCCGACGACCCACGAUACACACAUUUACACGGGCGACAGCUUCGUCACCCUUUGACAGGACAGCUCCUCCCCCUCAUCACAGACACCACUGUUGAGCCACAUGUGGGCACAGGGGCAGUGAAGGUGACCCCGGCUCACAGUCCAGCGGAUGCCGAGAUGGGGGCCCGGCACGGCCUGACCCCUCUGAGUGUCAUCGCAGAGGAUGGGACAAUGACGUCUCUCUGUGGAGACUGGCUGCAGGGUCUUCACCGAUUUGUGGCCCGGGAAAAGAUCAUGUGCACACUGAGGGAGCGGGGGCUGUUCCGGGGCCUGCAGGAGCACCCCAUGGUGCUGCCCCUCUGCAGCCGUUCCGGGGACGUGGUAGAAUACCUGCUGAAGAGCCAGUGGUUUGUCCGCUGCCAGGAAAUGGGGGACCAAGCUGCCAAGGCUGUGGAGUCAGGGGCUCUGGAGCUCUGGCCUGCCUUCCACCAGAAGAGCUGGCAGCAUUGGUUUGCCCACAUCGGGGACUGGUGCGUCUCCCGGCAGCUGUGGUGGGGCCAUCAGAUCCCGGCCUACCUGGUGGUUGGAGAGAAGGCAGAGGAUAACGGGAAGGAAUGUUGGGUGGUCGGGCGGUCAGAGGCUGAGGCCAGAGUCGUAGCAGCAAAGCUGACCGGGAGACCAGGGGAGGAACUGACCCUGGAGAGGGACCCUGAUGUCCUGGACACUUGGUUCUCCUCGGCUCUUUUCCCCUUUUCUGCCCUGGGUUGGCCCCAAGAGACGCCAGACCUCACUCGUUUCUACCCGCUUUCGCUUUUGGAAACUGGCAGUGACCUCCUGCUGUUCUGGGUGAGCCGCAUGGUCAUGCUGGGGACCCAGCUCACGGGGCAGCUCCCGUUCAGCAAGGUGCUUCUCCAUUCCAUGGUUCGGGACAGGCAAGGCCGAAAGAUGAGCAAGUCCCUGGGGAAUGUGCUAGACCCACGGGAUAUCAUUAGCGGGCAAGAGCUGCAGGUGCUGCAGGCCAAGCUGAGAGAUGGCAAUUUGGACCCGAGGGAGCUGGCCAUUGCAGCCGCAGCACAGAAAAAGGAUUUUCCUCAUGGGAUCCCUGAGUGUGGGACAGAUGCCCUGAGGUUUGCGUUGUGCUCUCAUGGAAUCCUGGGAGGCAACCUGCACCUGUCUGUCUCUGAGGUCCUAAACUACCGCCAUUUCUGCAACAAGAUCUGGAACGCCCUGCGCUUUAUCCUCCGCGCCCUGGGGGAGAACUUCGUACCCCAGCCAGCAGAGAAGGUGUUGCCCUCCUCCGCCAUGGAUGCCUGGAUUCUGAGCCGUCUGGCCUUUGCCGCCCACGAGUGUGAGAGGGGCUUCCUCAGCCGGGACCUGUCGCUCGUCACCCACACCCUGUACCAUUUCUGGCUCCACAACCUCUGUGAUGUCUACCUGGAAGCGGUAAAGCCAGUGUUGUCGAAGGCACCGUGUCCCCCAGGACCCCCUCAGGUCCUGUUCUCCUGCGCCGAUGUUGGUCUGCGCCUCCUCGCUCCACUGAUGCCUUUCCUGGCAGAAGAACUUUGGCAAAGACUGCCCCCCAGGCAAGGUGGUCCCCUUGCCCCCAGCAUCUGUGUGGCCCCCUACCCCAGUGCCCACAGCCUGGAGUCCUGGCGCCAGCCCCAGCUGGAACGCUGCUUCUCCAGGGUCCAAGAGGUUGUCCAGGCACUACGGGCCCUCCGAGCCACCUACCAGCUCACAAAAGCCCGACCCCAAGUGCUGCUCCAGAGCUCAGAUCCGGAAGAACAGGGCCUAUUCCAGCCCUUCCUGGAGCCCCUGGGCACCCUGAGCCACUGUGGGGCCGUCGGGUUCCUGCCCCCAGGGGCAGCAGCUCCCUCCGGCUGGGCCCUCGCCCCACUGGAUGACACUGUUAAGAUCUACAUGGAGCUGCAGGGCCUGGUGGACCCCCAGAGCCAGCUACCUCGGCUAGCUGCCCGGAGGCAGAAGUUACAGAAACAGCUCGCUGACCUCUUGAACCGGACUGCGUCAGAGGGGGUUGCAGAGAGGCAGCAGAGGCUUUCCUCCCUCCGCCUGGAGCUAUCAAAGUUGGACCAAGCAGCCUCCCACCUCCAGCAGCUGAUAGAAGAGACACCCAGUGCCAGGGAGCUCUGAGCCCCACUCACACCCCUGCCAGCCUUCCUUCCCAGACCUGGGGUGCAGGGCGACCUCAGAAGUGACCUCGUCUACCUUCCUUGUUUUGUAAAAGGAAGCAGACCUGAAGUCCCCGCGAUGCAAGAAUGAGGAGAGGGAGAUAAAAUGAUGAGACCCCAA